CGAGCGGCGCGAGCUCGCGGGAAAAGUAGCUGAGCUGAGAGCCGCGGGCGCUUCAGCCGCUCGCGCCGCGUCGCUCAUCUUCGCCCCCUGUUUAAUGCCGCGAGGAUGCGGGAGGGCGCGCGGUCCUGCUCGCGUGAAGCCACUGGCGCAGCAGUGAGCGCGCGAACCGAGCCGCGGCGUCCCCGUCACCGGUCAGCCUCUCGGAUGCCAGCGGACGCGCGGGAGCGGCUUGGGCGCCGGGAGGAGCGCGCGGGGGGCGAGCCGGCUCGAGGCUGAGGAGGAGGAUGGCGCUGGAGGGGAACGCGAGCUGCGCCGACUGCGUGUCCCAGAGCGCGCGGAACAGCAGCCCGGGCGCUCAGGCAGCCUCCGGCCCCGUGACCGGCACGCUCGCGGGCAUCCUCAUCUUCACCAUCGUGGUGGACAUCGUGGGCAACCUGCUGGUCAUUCUGUCCGUGUGCAGGAACAAGAAGCUGAGGAACGCAGGUAAUAUCUUCGUGGUGAGCCUUUCCGUGGCCGACCUGGUGGUUGCGCUGUACCCAUACCCUCUGGCCCUGCUGGCCAUUUUCCAUAAUGGCUGGACGAUGGGCUACCUGCACUGCCAGCUGAGCGGCUUCGUCAUGGGCCUGAGCGUGAUCGGCUCCGUCUUCAACAUCACGGCCAUCGCCAUCAACCGCUACUGCUACAUCUGCCACAGCCUGCGCUACGACCGGCUGUACACGCGCAGGAACACCUGCUUCUACCUGACCCUCACCUGGCUGCUGACCGCUGUGGCCACCUUGCCGAACUUUCUGGUGGGGUCCCUGACUUACGACCCCCGGAUCUUCUCCUGUACCUUCGCGCAGACGGUCAGUUCUUCCUAUACAGUCUGUGUGGUGCUCGUCCACUUCCUGGUGCCGCUGGGAGUGGUCUCCUUCUGCUACCUGCGCAUCUGGACCCUGGUGAUCCGAGUGAAGGGUCGGGUGCGGGCCCGGCCGGGCGCGCGGUCGGCCGACUUGCGCAACUUCCUGACCAUGUUCGUCGUUUUUGUGCUCUUCGCCGUCUGCUGGGCGCCGCUGAACUUCAUCGGGCUGGCCGUGGCCAUGGACCCCGCCCGAGUGGGCCCAAACAUCCCUGAGUGGCUCUUCGUCACCAGCUACUUCAUGGCCUACUUCAACAGCUGCCUGAACGCCAUCGUCUACGGCCUCCUGAACCAGAACUUCCGCCGUGAGUACAAGCAGAUCCUGCUGGCGCUCUGCACGCCGCGUGCGCUCUUCUCGGACAGCUCCAAGUACAACACAGACGCCUACAAGAGCAAACAGUCGCCUGCUGGGACCAACAACAAUCUGGUGGAGGCUCAUCUCUGAAGGGGCGGGGAUAAACGUGAACACGGCGAAGGGCUAACCAUGCAGCCGUAUGCAAAAUGGGAGAUGUUGAAAGGUUAGCAAGGGUUUGAGGAACCUUUAGACGCAGACUCCAAAGACUUCAGAUGAAGACUCCAGGUUUACAUCCAAAUCCAAACAGCCAAAAAGCUAGCAUACAAUCGCCAUGCUAGUCUCACAUAUGGCAAAGUAACCAUGGCUCAAGUCUCACGUCGUGUCACCAUCACAUACAUUACUUCGAUGGCUGAAGAGCUCGCCCUACCAGCGUGCACAUCGCACACAUUCCUGGAGCAAACACAAAUCAAGCAUGCUGCUAUCCACAUCACAUGAAUUCAAGAGCCUAGCUACAAUCACACAUUACUUCCUGUUACGCAGCUAACUCAAAUGGAGUCAAGAAGCCAGCCUACAGUCAUGCAUGCUAGUGGCUACAUCACACACGUUCCUCAAGUGACCAAAGCAUCGCCUACAAUCACACGACAGUCUACGCCAAACAGAUUCCACAGUCAUCAAAGAAGCUUGUAUACAUCUCAUGUUAGCAUCUCAUUUCUAGAGACUAGUCCUUAAGCUAAAGCUUUCCUAGACACAAUUUAAGGCCAAUCCAGGGAUUAAAAGGGAAUUUGUCCCAUUUUUAAAAAAAGUUCUGUGUAAUUCAGUGGUUGAGCUGCAAAGUCAUUCAGAGUGAUGUGAUGUGAAAUAGUUUGUUGUAGAGGAACUUACUGACUCAAAUAAACCGAAACUGACCGACAGUAAGCCGUUUUGUUUCCUAGCCAAAGUGACCAGUAAACCUGCAUGAGUUUUUGACAGAGAUGUGGACUCGAGUACAAUGACUUGGACUCAUGUCCGAAGUCACUGAUUUGAUGACUCUAGACUCGACUCAAGAAAGUCAAGAAAGACUUGGGAAUCGACUUUGACUUCACCACCAGUGACUGGGACUCUGUGAUGAAGAAUGCAGACUGACUGGUUUAGGACUAGAACUAUUGACUUGGGACUCAACUUGAGACUUGCCUGUACUGACUCGGGACUUGAACAGAGACUCGACUAUUUUGACUUGAGGCUUGAACGUGAACACUUGAGACUUACUUGUUGUUUGCAACCUAGUGAUUUGUUCCCACCUCUGGUUUAUGAUGGUAAAAGUGGCAAAUUUGAAAGACAUUAAUUUCUUUGGGAACUAUUUUGCCUCUCGCUCACCUGCAUGUACCUCUCUGCCUUGAAUGUAUUUAAAAAGUACAUUCCAGAUCAAAAGCUUGCCAUCUUGAAUCUAUCGUAACACAACAUUUCAGACAUCAGGCAACCACUUCAUGCAAGACCUUUCCAUGAGGGAGCUUUUAGAGACGACUCUUCAGACGUCUGGUUCCUAUCACCACCACUGUGAGCAGUUCUGAUGUAAUGCUAAAUCUAUCUUGAACAGAGUACUUUACAUCAAACACCUGAGAAAUAGGUAGAAUAUCCCUUAAUAGUGACUGACACAUCGCCAAAGAUUUUCCGUAGCAAUCUGAACGGAAUCUGAGUCCUUAAAGCCAGUUUAAAUACCAAGAGAAUUGCAGUUUAUCAUGGAAUUAGUGCCAGAUUCCAAGAUGAAUGAGCUGAUGAGUUGAAUCAGUGGAACAAUCUGUUGCCAACUCGGCCUGGGAGGCUGAUAAUGACUUACAGACUUUUUUUUUCUGGUGCUGGUCAAAUUUUAAGUGAACAAUCCUCUUUGUGUCUGGAGAGCAGGCUCUGACAAUCAGAUGUGUUUGUCUUCUUUGCUGAUCAGGUUUCUGUGGGCUCAAACUAUCCAGAACCACGUCUGAACGUGAUCUACAUCCUCGUCUAGGCUGAUUUAUACUUCAGCAGCAUAUUUGUGUCGAGACACAGAGAUGGGGUUUAAGGGUACAAGUAAAAAAUCUCAACUAUACAUUACAUGAAGUUAACAUGGUGCUGCACGUCUAAAUAAACCACAAUACCGUCCUUUGAAAAGGACAGAAGGUUUUCUUGUAUUUGAGUGUAUUCAACAAUAUUGCCACAAACAGUCCUCAAGAAGAGUGUAAACAUCUUUGAUCUAUGUUGUACUCAUUUCACCUCUAUCCAUUCACUCUUUACUGCAGCCUUUCCCGGUGUAACGAAAAUAGGUGCAUUGACGAGUUUCGCCAAAACUUGCGUAAGCAGUUCGCAGAAAAGUGUGGCUAUACAUCUACACAUGACAAGUUAACCUGAAAAGAGCCAAAAAACCUACUUGAUUAACCUCGUAAGAGCUCACACUGAGAAAUCUGAAAGAAAUCAGAGUAAGAGCUCACACUGAGAAAUCUGAAAGAAAUCAGAGUAAGAG